GGAGCAUUCUCGCUGGGCCACGGGCAGUCGGAGCCGUGGCGGAGCAGCCAGCCUCUUGGAAAGAGCUCGCUGCUGUCCCCGGAGCCGCCCGCCGAGGCCAGCUUGGAGGCGCUGCCCCGCGGCGGGAGAGGGAGGCUGCAGGAGAGGCGGCAGCGAGCGAGCGCGGCAGCCGGCCAGCCCGCGGCGCAGCCGGGGAGCCACGCGAGCUCAGCGCCUGCACGCACGCACUACCCGCGGCUCGCGCCUCUCUCCUCGCCUCCCGGAGGGGCCCGGCCUCCCUGGCCUCCCCGCCCCCUGGCCCCAGGCAGCGGCCCAGGAGCAGCAUGGAUCUGCGGAGGUGCGUGCUGGCGCUCCUACUGCUCUGGCUCUCUCUGACCCCGGUGUGUGGAGGGCCCCUGCUGCAGCCUUCUGAUGGGAAUGGGCUGGAAGAAGGCAGUGUCCGCCACCUGGUGCAGCCCAGAGGGUCGAGGAACGGACCAGGACCCUGGCAAGGAGGUCGGAGGAAAUUCCGCCGCCAGCGGCCACGCCUCUCCCACAAGGGCCCCAUGCCUUUCUGAAGCAGGACUGAAGGGGCCCCUGAGUGCCCGCCCCCUGCAACUCUUGCCAGUCCAUAGAUUGGUCUGCUUCUCUGGAGCCCUCACAUCCAUUCACCUCUCAUCUUGCACCUGUCCUCGCCACUGAUGGUUCCAGCUCUUCUUACCCACUGGCUUCCCCGAAUGUGUGAUCCUGCCCCUGGUUGGGAUGAUUCCCUUUCUCUCCAGUGGAUUCAUUCAGCCCCUCUUCCUGGCUCUUCUCUGGACUGACUUUGGAGACCCAGCACUGGAAGGCCUGCCUUCUCCCGCCCCAUCCCCUUCCUCUAAUCCCCACCUCCUCCCAUUUAACAGCCCAAGCUUCACCCAGCCCUUCCUUCCUCCAGCUCGCUCUGUGAGCUGGGGGGAAACACUCCCCUCUUCAGUGGGCUCCAGCAUAUCCCAGGCCUUCCAGCUUCCAGUCAGGUGGACCCUUCACCGGGGAAAGAGCCUCUGGUUAGAGGGACUGGGCAUCGGGAUGUAGACAGGGUGCCUUGGGGGGCAUUGGAAUGGGGGCUGGUCUUCUAGUGAAGGGGAGAGGGGAGGCAUUGGAGAAGAGGAGGGAUAGCUGCUGUGGCCUUUUCUUAUUCCAUGUUUGGCUUAAGGAAGAGGCAAAGGAGAGGGGCCAUGAAGUACUUUGUUACCUCUCUCAUCUUUUUGUGUCUCCUAACACUGCCCCCUCACCCCCAACUCCUUCUCUCCCUUGCCCUCUCACUCAGGAGAUGGCUCUGUAGUCUCCCAGGAGCAAAAGCCAAG